GGAAACUCUUCUUUGAUGAGUGGAUGCUUGAGUAGUUAGUUCUAUGUUGUGAAGAUCCCAUGUUUCUUUCCUCCAUUGCAGCCUGAUCUUCCAGGAAUCUUGCCCAGAAACUCAUAAUUUGAUGGAGCCCAGACAGAGAUCCAUAGAAGAUGUGCACAAAAGAAGGGUGCAGAAGAUCAAAGUUGAAGAUACAGUGAAGCCUUUCCAACAGCCCUUUCAAGAAAAGGGUACGAGGUUGAAACUGCAACCACUGAAAUGUGUGCUUGUCUUGUUGGUAACCGCCACUUUCAUUAUCCUCCUCUCCACCCCAAAUGGCUGUCGUCGCAACAAUUCGUCCGGCUCUGUUUCCCGGAUGUGGAUUUGGGGUGGUUCAGAUCCCAGGUAUGCAUCAGACCUUGAUGUUAACUGGGGUGAAGUGUCGGAGGUUGUUAAGAAGUUAGCAGAAAACGAGAAAAUCCUAGGAAUUGGAGUGCUGAAUUUCGACAAACAGGAGAUCAAGCAAUGGAAAGAGGUGAUUCCCAGUGCAAACCUGACAGUUUUGCAGGUUGAACAUGCAGGGCAGAAUGUGAGCUGGGAAGUGUUGUACCCGGAAUGGAUCGACGAAGAACAGCUCGACGAGGUUCCCAGCUGCCCUUCUCUUCCCAAGAUUGAUGUGCCAAGGCAGAGAAUUGACCUCAUUGCAGUGAAGCUUCCUUGCAGAAAUGAAGGGAACUGGUCAAGAGACAUAGCCAGGCUGCACCUGCAGAUCUCGGCUGCUGGUUUAGCCACUUCUGCUAAAGGCAACCGAGCUGUACACUUGCUUUUCGUCACCAAAUGCUUCCCAAUCCCAAACCUUUUCCCCUGCCGGGAGCUCGUGGUCAGAAAUGGCGAUUCGUGGCUGUACAAACCUGACUUGAAUGUCCUCAGAGACAAGCUCAAUCUCCCGGUUGGAUCCUGUGAACUUGCCCUCCCAUUUGGUGCUAAAGGGCGUGCAGGGGAGCCAAAGCGGGAGGCUUAUGCGACGGUUCUGCAUUCAGCUCAUGUAUACGUGUGUGGAGCCAUAGCUGCAGCGCAGAGCAUAAGAAUGGCGGGAUCGACCCGGGACCUGGUGAUUCUUGUUGAUGAUAGCAUCGGCGAGUACCACCGGAGUGGACUGGAAGCCGCCGGCUGGAAGAUUCGGACGAUACAGAGAAUAAGGAACCCUAAGGCCGAGAAAGACGCGUACAAUGAAUGGAAUUACAGCAAGUUCAGAUUAUGGCAGCUAACUGACUACGAUAAGAUCAUCUUCAUUGAUGCCGAUUUGCUUAUUCUCAGGAACAUAGAUUUUCUGUUCGGAAUGCCGGAGAUUUCGGCGACCGGGAAUAACGGCACUCUGUUCAAUUCCGGCGUGAUGGUGAUCGAACCGUCCAAUUGCACGUUCCGGCUCCUAAUGGAUCAUAUCGACGAGAUUGAAUCCUACAACGGCGGGGAUCAAGGCUACUUGAACGAGAUCUUCACGUGGUGGCAUCGGAUCCCGAAGCACAUGAAUUUCCUGAAGCAUUUCUGGGUGGGCGACGAGGCGGCGGUGAAGCAGAGGAAGACGGAGCUCUUCGCGGCGGAGCCGCCGCUGCUGUACGCCGUCCACUACUUAGGGUACAAGCCGUGGCUGUGCUACCGCGACUAUGAUUGCAACUGGAACGUGGACAUCCUGCAGGAGUUCGCCAGCGACGCGGCGCACGAUAAGUGGUGGAGAGUGCACGAUAGCAUGGCGCCGGAGCUGCGCGAGUUUUGCCUGCUGCGGUCGAAGCAGAAGGCGCAGCUGGAGUGGGACCGGCGGCAGGCGGCGGCCGCCAAGUUCCCCGACGGCCACUGGAAAAUCAAAAUCACUGAUCGCCGGAUGAAGAGGUGUACGGAUCGGCUGUGUAACUGGAAGAGCAUGCUUAGACACUGGGGGGAGAAAAACUGGACCGAUGAUCCCUUCUUCCACCCUUCCCCGCCGCUCUUGAAACUCUCUUCCCAAAACAAUCCGCCGCCACCACCGCCACCAUCAUCCUCCGUUUCUGAUUCUUGAUCAAUCUUUCAGAUUUUAAACUUUUGUUUAUGUCAUUCAGCUUAGCCUUUAAUUUUUGGUUUAGCUCUACACUGUAUCUUCACUUCCUCCAUCUUCUCUUACAGUCCACCAUUGUUUUUCCUUCAACAUGCUCUGCUUCCUUCUCUCCCUA